AUGGCGGCGGUGACGCCAAAGACCCGGCGCGGCGCCCGCCCGCGUCUGAGUGGGACUGUGGCGGAAUCGGUGCAGUUUCUGCUGGGUAAGGACGGGAAGAGGAGCCCCUUCCCUCGUCCCGAGGUGGUCCGAUAGGUUAUCGCGGACUUGAGGGUCUGUCCCCGGAGGUCGCCGCAAAGGUCGCCGAGUCUGCGGUCCGCCUUUGGUUUCGAGCUGAAAAAGCUUGACCUUAGCAAGCACCACACUUACAUCCCGAUCAACAGACUUAAGCCUCUUGAGGACUUGGAGCAGGAUGUGGGAGCAGAUGGCCUCAGAUUGGGUCUCUCCAUGAUGAUCUUGGGCCUUGUCUACAUGAACGGUGGUAGCACUAGGGAGGCCCAGGUCUGGGAGAUGCUGCCCUCAAAGUGUCAUUGCCUCUUUGGGUACCUGAAGAGGCUUAUGGAAGAUGUUGUGUGGCGGCGAUACAUCAGUUACAGGCGGAUGCCUCAUACCAGUCCACAGGAAUAUAAAACUUUGUAGGGUCCCCUAAGCAACCUGGGGUUUGUAGCCAGGCUUCAUGAGAAUGAGCCCCAGCCCUGGAAGUGCACUUCCCUAAGGCCUUGGCUGCACAUCGUCACUAGGGAGAGCGGGUGGAAAAGGUGGCCAGUGAGGGAACCCAGGAGACUUGUAAUCUACCGUCUUGAGUCAUAAGUAGUGUAAAUCUGAGGAAAGAAAACAUGUGACUUUAGUAUUUUGGUCUUUUAACUUGUUAGGUUUUGUUACUCUUAAUACAUUAUUAAAUUACUGUCUAUAUAUGAAAUUGGUUUGUCUCCUAAAGGAUUUUGUUGUAGAACUUUUCUGGCUUUGUAAAAUUGAAAAAUUUUGCCAGUGAUUAUGUAAUAUUAAACAGAUUAUACACACA